AUCUUUCCUCGUCCUUGUAUUUCUCGUCGCAGUCACAUUUCAGAAAGAGUGCAUCUGUCAAACGAAAAUCCCGAUAUUUUCAGAGAAAAUCUCGCCAAACGAAAGGGAAAAAGAAGAAGAAGAAAUGGAGUUGUGCCCUUCAAUUAAGAACAUUCUUCUUUUGGAUUCCGAAGGGAAACGUAUAGCUGUUAAGUAUUAUUCAGAUGACUGGCCGACGAAUUCUGCUAAGGAAGCCUUUGAGAGAGCUGUGUUUACCAAAACCCAGAAGACUAAUGCUCGAACCGAAGCUGAGAUAACAAUGUUUGACAACUAUGUCGUCGUGUACAAGUUCGUUCAGGACCUUCACUUUUUUGUUACUGGAGGUGAAGAUGAAAAUGAGAUCAUCUUGGCCACAGUACUCCAGGGUUUUUUUGACGCAGUUGGACUUCUCCUUAGAGGCAAUGAGGACAAGAAGGAAGCAUUGGAGAACUUGGAUCUUAUUCUGUUGUGCCUUGAUGAGAUUGUCGAUGGCGGUGUCAUUCUUGAAACUGAUGCAAAUGUUAUCGCCGGAAAGGUAGAUAGUCAUAGUAUGGAUGCCGGAGCUCCUUUGUCCGAGCAGACAAUAACCCAAGCAUUGGCCACGGCACGCGAACAUCUUACUAGGUCUCUCCUCCAGUAAUGUGUUUACACCAAACCAGACUGAACAAGAGAUGCUCGAUGACAAAUCAUUCUGUAAUGAUACAAUAUUUGAUGUGGUUAGGAUAAUUGGUCUGUUUUGAGUGCAAUAGAACUGAUAAUGCUUCCUCUUUCAAAAAAAAAAAAGAAACUGAUAAUGCUUCCGAUGUUACAUUGAUGUUAUUAUAAGGUUGCUUUCUUGAUGCUA